AGUAAGUUGACUGCUGCCUGGUUUCAGGGGUGAGGAUGAACCGCAAAGCAAUGGCAGGGAACAUUUUGCUGUGUUGAAAAUCUUUUCUAUCUUAACUGUUAUAUCUUUACUGUUUUCCUUUUUGGAACAAAACUAAAUUUCACUCAACCAUAAUUGAGUAAUCUCUAUAUUUUUCUAACCAUUUCUAAUAGUUCUUUGGAUAAAAUCUUUUGUUAACAACAAAGGUGGAAUAUAUUCAUUUCCUCAUGAAUUUUCUGUCUUUUUUUCUGUCCAAAAAUGAGAAGAGCAAUUUUGUUAUCUGUCCUUUCCUUCUGCCCAGAAAUGAUUAAACCUGUAUUUCUUAUUCUCUUCAUAUUUUCUUUCUUUUAAUUCCUUUGUACUACGGUUUCUUCUCUAUUCUCAUUUGCUUUUCCUCUUAAAGUUUCUCUCUCAGAACAAAUGCAGUGUUAAUCCCGAAGCCACUUGUGGGACACUGGCUGCUUCUCCUCAGUUUCCACCCUAAUAUAUUUGUUGAGGGGUAAUUCAAAAUCACUGGGAAACUGAUUAGAGCAGAUUUGAAAAUAAAACUGUGGCUUGGUAACUUAGCAAAAGCAUAAUGGCAAUGGUGUCAUCUUGUAUGCUGAUGAUAACAUUCUGGGCCCUUGGUUACUUUCGUUUUCUGUUUUCCCUCUGUGUGUGUUUGUGUGUGCUCACACCCAUAAGUGUGACUGUGCACACAUUUGUCUUUGAGAGAGAGAUAAUAGUUUUUGUUUUUCUUUCAGUAGCCAAAGUUUAAACCAUUGCUUUUUCUUUGAUUCUAUCGCUUUUAAGGUGAUCUUUCUUAACACAGGAUAAUAAAGCAGUAAUGCCCUAAAGAAUGCUGUUUAAUUAAUUAGUAUCAGCCUCUCCUACAGCUCUGGAAGGAUACCAGUUCUGUACUACUCCUGGAUGAAUCAGCCACUUGAGCAAUUUUGUGUUCUGUAGUUCAGAUGAGAAUCCCCGUUGAGAACGUAAGAAAAUAUGUGUUUAUUCUUCAGCUUUAAAUUUUUAUUUCACAACUUCCUUCCUCCUUGGCAAGCUUUUUUUUUUUUUUUUUUUUUUUUUUUGAGAAGAAAAUUGUAAUAAAACAACAGUAUAACUAAUAGAUAGUCCCUUGGUCACUUCCAGUUUGCAAAAUGCUAUUUAGACUUUGAGUUACUCUUCAAAAGUGGUAUACCUCUAGUUUGGAGCUGUGUUGUAAAGACAAGAGCAACAUUUUCAUAUUAAAGUUAAAUAAAGUUAUAACUUUGAAGAGAGGUUCUGGAAGACGUGACAGAAAGCUGCUAGCAGAAAAUCAAAAAACUGAUUAAAAGAAGCAAGUAUAGAAAUGAUGUUUCCAUGCCCUUGGGUACCAGGAAGAUUGCCGGGAGAGGCCUCAUGGAUGUGGAACUCUAAUUCUAUUAUCGGUAUGAUGACCAAACAUAAAAAGUGUUUUGUAGUUGGUACUGCUUUAAUAAUAAUAACUAAUAUUAUUACUGUAUAUCUAGUUAAACUAACUCAAGAUUCUCAGAGUUUUUGCCCAUAUGGCUGGAUUGGUUUCCAAAACAAAUGCUAUUAUUUUUCUAAAGAAGAAGGAGACUGGAAUUCAAGUAAAUACAACUGUUCCACUCAACAUGCUGACCUAACUAUAAUUGACAACACAGAAGAAAUGAAUUUUCUUAGGCGAUACAAAUGCAGUUCUGAUCACUGGAUUGGUCUGAAGAUGGCAAAAAAUCGAACAGGACAAUGGGUAGAUGGAGCUAUAUUUACCAAAUCGUUUGGCAUGAGAGGGAGUGAAGGAUGUGCCUACCUCAGUGAUGAUGGUGCAGCAACAGCUAGAUGUUACACAGAAAGGAAAUGGAUUUGCAGGAAAAAAAUACACUAAGUUAAUGUCUCUGAUAAUGUGAAGAACAGAAAAUAACAUUAUUAAGUGUAAACCAAACAAAGCAUUUUUUUAAUUAAAGGUGAAGUUUUGUA